GCACUGGCUCCUCUCGCGAGCGAUGUGAACUGUUGUUGUUGUUGCUGCUGCUGCUGCAGUUGCUGUCGGGUAUCAUCAUACCGGAUGAUUCUUCAAUCCAGUAGUCGCGGAUACGGCCCAUAAAUCCUCCAGUUGUGCGUAAACUAAGUCACGGAUAUCGCGAUGGACCGAUAUUUGCGAUUGUUCAUCAAAUAUCAGGCGUACAUGAUCGUCGUGUUCACGCUGCUGAUGGUGGUGCUGCUCACGCCGUUCAUGGCUCAACACAAACCGAGCGAAAUUGAAAAUCUGCGCUUCGGUGGUAAGGUGGCGGGUGCAUUCGGUUUCAUCUGGAUCACAGCCGUCAUUAGUCUGGUGGCCGCUAUACACAAGGAAGAUGCAACACUCAUCUUCCCGUAUCUGUUCGUGUUUGGAGUCGAUCUCGCACUGUUGUUACUGCGAGAGAUUUACCUCAUAACAACCCAUGGGUUUUUUGUAGAAUUCCUAGCCGUAAAGAUAGUGAUCGCUGCGAUCACAAUACCAUACGUAUUCGCAAGUCUGUUGGCGCUUCAUCGACUUUUUACGGUGGAUCCGAUCGAAACGCACCGUAACGGAACGGAAGGGUUUGUACGUUUCGAUCGAAACGAGACGAACGUCGUCGCGGUCAAUCAUCAACACAACGCAACCAGCACUCCGACACCGAAUGGGACACAAGUCGUGUAGCGGGCGGGGUCAACUGGAAGAAGGCUACCACGUUCUUUAGACGAAAAAGACUGCAACACAUCAUACAAAAAAACUGCAAUCAUGACUAACACUGCACAAAAGGACGUCUGACCGUAAUAUUAAAUAAAUAAAUAACAUGGCCAACUAAUCUAAACAAUGAUCAAGUUACCUUCGCAAUAAACUUUCCUGAACAGA